CGCUCGCGACGUUACGCACAUAAAUGCCGCGCGCGGCAAAAAAAAAUAAACAAUAAACACGCGUUCCAAAUACGAAAUAGUUUCCUAAAAAAAUUGUACGUUCCUCCUUUUUGUUUGUUUUUUUUUGGGAUAAAUUCUAAAAACCUCCUUUUUAUUAUAAUGCAAUAAGUAAAUAAAAAAGGCAUUUUUGUAUAGUGAUCAAGAAUUUUGUUGUAAAUAAAGUGAAAAUGGCGAGUGCACUGACCAUGUUCACUGGAUUGGGUCGAAAAAUAAGCGGCAAGGAUACCCAGGAAUGCAGAACACUACAAGUGGACAUGCCAGCGAGGAGUUCCGUGGACAUCGAGUUCAAUAAUAUUACCCUCAAAGUGUCAGAAGGGCUGAGAUCGAAAAAGAAAACCAUUUUGAGAAGUCUUUCUGGGCUGUUCCGGUCUGGAGAGCUUACGGCCAUCAUGGGCCCCUCUGGAGCCGGGAAAUCAUCCCUGAUGAACGCCCUCACAGCAUUCUCGACAACUGGUGUGAGCGGCACAAUCCGCGCAGGCGACAGCGUCUGCGAGCUGGGCAAGCGCGACCGCUCGCUGAGCUCGCUCAAAGCAUACCGGAAGAAAUCCUGCUACAUCCUGCAGGACGAAAGGCUUAACCCGCUGUUCACAGUCAAGGAACUAAUGCGAUUCGCGGCCGACAUGAAACUCGGGAACACUUUGCCGGAGAAACUUAAGCUGUCAGUGAUAUCCGAGGUGCUGGAAACGCUAGGGUUGACAGGUUCGGAGAACACUCGGUGCGGACACCUGUCUGGUGGCCAGAAGAAGAGACUCUCCAUCGCCGUAGAACUUAUAGAUAAUCCACCAGUCGUAUUCCUGGAUGAACCGACCACGGGCUUGGACAGCUCAACAUCAGUGCAAUGCAUCGAGAUGCUGAAGAAACUGGCGCGAGGCGGUAGAACUAUAGUAUGCACCAUCCACCAACCCACCGCAUCUGUCUAUUCUAUGUUCGAUCAAGUAUACAUAUUGGCAGAAGGCUUAUGCAUAUACCAUGGGAGUAGUGCCAACACUGUUCCGUACCUCGCGUCCAUCGGCCUUCAGUGUCCAAAGUACCACAAUCCCGCCGACUAUAUUUUAGAAAUAGCCAAUGGUGAAUAUGGCAAGUUCAACGAUGUGCUCGCCGAGAGAUGUACGAUGCAAGGAAAGGAGCAGAAGAGUCUACCGCAGCCUCUGGUCAGCGCCGAUAAGGAAGAGAUGUCCUGUGGGAAGAUCUCCAUAGUUAUCAAACCGCCACACGAGCUGUACAAGUUCGGAGUGCUAUUCAGGAGAUGCAUCAUACAACAGUAUAGAGAUUGGACAGUUACCCAUCUAAAAGUAUUGCUACACAUAGCGAUCGGCAUAAUGCUGGGAUUACUGUUCGAGAAGGCCGGCAACGACGGCUCAAAGACGAUCAGCAACCUGGGCUACCUGAUCGUGUCCAUCGCGUACCUGUGCUACACCUCGCUCAUGCCGGCCGUCCUCAGGUUUCCCUCCGAGCUGUUGGUGCUUAAGAAAGAGAACUUUAACAACUGGUACAAUUUGAAAACGUAUUAUGCGGCAGUACUCGUCACCGGUAUACCAUUGCAGAUAUGGUACAGUUUCGUUUACUCGGCGCCCUCGUACUUCUUGUCGGGACAGCCGCUGGAAAUAUCCCGGUUCUUCAUGUUCGUGAUGGUGCUAGCCAACGUCACCUUGAUAGCCGACGCAAUUGGCAACGUCAUCGGUACCUGUGUCAAUCCUAUCAACGGCACAUUCUUGGGCGCGAUCACGACAUGCGCGAUGAUCGCAUUCGCCGGGUUCCUGGUGCUGUUCGCGCACAUGAGCCCGGGCAUGCGCACCAUAUCGCAUGUGUCCUUCAUGCGGUACGCGUUCGAGGCCAUCGUGCUCAGCGUCUAUUCCGACGGCCGCCAGCCGUUGCCUUGCCCGGAGACGAAGCUUUACUGUCACUCGCGGUAUCCUUCAGAACUACUCAAACAAUUCAGCUUCAGUAGCGAGAACUACUGGCCGAACAUCGGUGUGUUAUUAACAGAAAUCGUAAUUAUAAGAAUAAUCGCUUACUUCACAUUAAGUAGGACAGUCAGGACAUCUAACUGACGCGCGCCGUGAUUUUGUACAUAUUUUAUGUUAGUUAGUUAAUAAAUAGUUAGAUUCACCAACUCCUGUGACGGUCCUGAAUUAGGAAUUAUUAAAAUAUAUUCUGUGUGAGAUUGACAUUAUUUUGAUUUACUUUUGACGUAAGUUUGUAUUUUAGUGGAAUAGGUGUAUCGAGUGUCAGUGUGUAAAUAUAUUGAUCCUCAUUUUUUCCAAUAUUGGAUAUCCCCAAAGAGCGCUUUUGUUUAUCCCAAAUAUUGGAAAUGCAAAAAAUCUAAAAUAAUCACUCUGUCAUUAUUAAUGCGAAUAAUAUGCCUUCUAUUAUUUCCUAUUUUUAUUUAGGUACUUACUUUAAAGUCUGUCAUCUCUUUAUGGUUCAUUAAAAAUGUAGUAAAGUUACUCUAACUAUCACAAUCGUGUGAUAGGUAGAAUAUAAUAUGACAUUGUGUAAAUUUUUUACUAAAAAAAAACACACUCUGCAGCUCUCCUUAUUGAGAAUUAAUAAAAUGUUGACGUGCCCCCGUGAUUUUAAAUGGUGUUGGAACGUGAAUUUAUAUAUUACAUAGAUAGUAGUUAAGUGGAAAAGUGAAUGUAAGACUUAUUUAUUUAAGUAAAUAAAUUCAGCUAGUUAGCUUAAGCAUCUGUAUAGUUUAUAAGACAAUUCAUAAUAAUAAAAUUAUUCAGGCAACUUUGGUAGGUUAUUCAGGUGAAAAUGGCUCCAGUAUUUACCCCCUUUUUUAUAUCGACUUUAAGCAUUCCAAAUGAUAGUUUUUUUUUAUAUAGUACUAGUUGACCACGCGUACUUCGUACGGGUUAAAAUAAUUUGGAAGAAAUGACGGACCCGAGUCUGACCGUAUCAAAAGGGACGCACGUUAAAUGUUGGACAGGAAAGAAGAUAGAACAGUUUAUAUGGGAAAAUUAAAUUGACGUUUUUACUAUCUUCCUCCUUCUGGACUUUCCUUAUUUUCUUUUAUAUUGACUUUUUACUGAGUUUGUUAAUGAUAUGUUUGAAGUAAGGAAAUCAGGCAUCGUGUAACUUGUCCGUAGUAUGAGCACAUAAGUAAAAAUCCUCUUGAGUUCAUGACAGCUCUGAUUGUAAGGCUAAGAGCACAAUAAUGGCGAUGAGCUUCGUGCUAAGCUUGGAUAUAUUCUAUCUAAGUUCUUAGCUUAGCCACCUCAACAUAUCUGUAAAAUUUAAAUUCACCCCAAUGUAUUCACUGAUGAAACGAUGAAGAUGAUCUUUUUACUUGCAAGUUUAAAUCCUUGCAUGUGAAUAUAGGAGUAAAUGUGUCAUACACUAACAAUUUUUAAAAGUUUAUAAGUGACAUUUUAUAGUUUUAGGUACAUUACUAUUAGUAAUUCCCGAGCCUUUUUAAUUUCAUAUGUAUGUAAGUUUACCUACCAUCAAAUAACUAGCCCUUACACCACCAAAUGAUAGAAAUGACAUGAUUGCACAAAGUCUUGUGUAUUCUCUAAAGCAUACAAAGUUUAUAUGCAAAAUAACUAAAUACCUACCAACCAGACAUAGUCUGAGAAAUUUCUUGCCAAGUUACCGAAAUCUAUAUUUUUGUUAUCUAGGUUGUUAUAUGUUGAAUUAUGAUAUAAACAAUAUUAUUUUGUGUAAUCUGUGAUACAA